CAGCGUCUUUCGGGCCUCACGUCCCCGGCCUGGUGGGCCCAGGACGUUCCGAUCGCAUGGCGGAGUGUUGCGGACGACGCCCAUGAAGCCCUUCGUCCUCCUGGUUGCGCUGCUGCUAUGGCCUUCGUCCGUGCCGGCAUUUCCCGCAUUUCGGAGCAUAACUGUGACGCCUGAUGAAGAACAAAACUUGAAUCAUUAUGUGCAGGUUUUAGAGAACCUAAUGCUAAGUGUUCCCACCAGGGAUCAAGGCCGUGAGAGAAAAUCAAAGCCUCCAAAAAAUGAUGUUUCUGUAGAACCGAGGACAUCGAGGGAGUUAACGACACCCACGUCACCUGCAGAAGCUUCAUCUGAGAAUGAGGGCUUAACCAGUCCUGUCAGUGACGAAACUGCAACUUCUCCUUCUAAAGGUUUCACGCUGGAAGCACCAAGGAAAAAACGUACUCGAAGUACAGCCUUCUGGUCCAUCAAACCAAACAAUGUCUCUGUUGUUUUACACGCUGAAGAACCUUACAUUGAAAAGGAAGAGCCUGAGCCGGAGCCUGAGCCGGGGCCGGUUACGAAAACGGAGCCGGAGCCAACGUGGAGAAAAACUGAGCCCGAACCGGCUACGACCACAGAGGAGCCAGAGCCGACCACCAGGACGACGGAGCCCGAGCCGACCACCAGGACGACGGAGUCCGAGCCGGCUACCAAGACCACCGUGGCCACCACGACCGAGUUCUUCACCACGCUGCCCAGCAGCACCCUAACCACGCGCAGCACCCACAUCAUCAUGACGUCCACAGAGUCGGAAGACGUCCCUGAGCUCUCAGGCGAGUAUGAAGAACCAGCCUACGAACCGCAUGCGAGCUUGGAUUAUGACGGGAUCCUGAGGAAGAUCGCCGACAUGAAGCUGCAGGCGCGGCGGGCACCUUUCUUCGACAACAGUAACCCCGAGUACAGGAAGGAUAUGAAGGCCUCCAAAGAGCACCUGCAGCGCAGCCUCGCCCUGGCCGCAGCUGCCGAGCACAAGUUACAGAAGAUGUCCCGGUCCCGCCUGUUCGGAGUGGGGCGGACAAUCGGUCAGGCGGAUGACGCGGAAACUGUGAUCAGCAUGCUGUACAACGCCAGGGGUAAACUCCCCGAGUAUUUGGAUGUCAAGAGUGUUCCACCAGAGAUGAGAAAAAGAGUUACCGCAGUCAUCAAUACGUUGAGAAAAAUAGUAUGUGGGGGCCAAGUAGAAACUCAAAACCUCAUUAGAAAGCUACUAAGCAAUAAUAUAAAGAUUUUAAACCUACUUGAUAUUCCAUGAUGAAACUGCAUUCAUUCGCAGGAGAAAUAAGCAUAUUGGUGAUUUCCAGAGUUGUACAAAAAUAUUUUCUAUUAUAGCUUGAUCUAUUAACAUCUGUAUAUAUAAUGUGUUAUGAAAAUUUUGCAUGCACGAAGAGCUCAGUAAAUUAAAAUAAACUUCUAGUUCAGGAGC